AUGGAGAAGAGCAACUACGCCAUGGCCAAGUUUGGGCUGGAAACCAAGGAGGUGAUGCCCAAGCGGGACUGUGGCUUCUACGUCAAGUACAUCUUCCUCUUCACCUCCCUCAUCCAGUUCCUCAUCAUCCUGGGCUUGGUGCUCUUCAUGGUGUACGGCAACGCGCAGGCUGGCACCGACACGCACCUGCGGGCCAUGGAGGAGCAGGUCCAGAGCAGCUACGGCAGGAUCAUCGCCCUCAGUGCCAGGAACCUCAACCUCACCCGCACCCUCAACGCCACCCUCAAGGACAAGCAAGGCCUGCAGGCCCUCCUCCUGAAGGUCCAGAGAGACCUGGAUAAAUGCAACAGCAGCCAAGGGUCCAACUCCGUCCCCACGCUGCAGCAGAUGGUGAGGCUCAUCUACCUCCAGAGGACGAAGCUGGAUGAGUGCCACAUGGUAUUCAGCAUCACCAAUGCCAGCUGCAACGCUGAGAAGGCCAUGGUGAGGAGCCAGCUGGACCAGACCAUCCUGGCCAUGAAGAAGCUGGAGGAGAACACCCGCAAAGGUGAUGCCACGCUGGGCGAAGCCACCUGGGAGCUGGAGAAGUGCCAGCAGGACCUUCUCACCACCAGGACCAACCUGGAGUCCACAGAAACCCUGAUGAAGCAGCUGAAGCUCGAGUGUGGCUCCCUGAAUUCUCAUGUCAGCCACACCUUCCAGCGCCUGGAGGACAUGCUCCGGUCCCACAGCUGCAAGGCUGCCCACGACCAGGUCACCUGGCUGGCACAGAGGACAGAAGGACUCUUCCUCUGGCAGCAGGACCGGGAGACCAAGUACGUGGGGAAGAGCGUGUGUGACAUGUAUGUGCGCCAGUGCCACAUCAACUGCUCCAGGGAGAAGCAGGAGCGGCUGAAGAAGCUGCAGGACACGGAGAAGCAGGUCAAGAGCGGCCAAGAGGAGAAGAAGCAGCUGGUGGCGGAGAAGGAGAGGCUCAGCAAGGAGCUGGAGGAGAAGGGCAAGGUGGCUGCACAGGCUGGGUACUUCAAGGAGCAGCUCAACAUCUGCUUGGGGUCCAAGAUGGACGUCGUCCUGGACGGCACAGGCUCGCGGGGGCCGGGCGGCGCGGCGCGGGCAGGACCCCUCGCCAGCAGCGGCUCCUACACCGAUGCCCUGGGGAACCAGGGCAUCUUCGGGAACACGGGGAAGAUCAACACAGAGGACAUCGAGCGCUGGGUGCAGAAGCUCAUGGAGCAGUACACACCAAACCUGAGGAACCCCAGUUCCAUCCUGCCCCCGGACCCCUCGGACGCGCCAGGGCGCGGGGCCAGGGCGCCGCGGUGGGCGCAGGAGGCGGCGAUUAAUCACCGCCUGCCGCUCGCUGAUUUACAGCCUCGCUUCCCGCUGCUUCCUGGCCAGAGCAGCUCUUCCUGCCCGCCGGGCUCCCCGCACGCCAUCUCCCCUCGCCAGCACCUCGCUGCUGGCACGUAG